CGACACGAGCUGUCGCUGUCAAUGUCAUAUGUUGUUGAAAAGUGUCAAUAAAUAAAAGUAAAUAGAGUGGAAUGUUUUAAAAUGGUAGAGCCAAUUUUCGAUUAUCAAUUUCGCCUAAUUCUAAUAGGCGACAGUACAGUGGGGAAGAGUUCAUUACUCAAGUACUUCACUGAUGGCAAAUUUGCUGAGCUGUCAGACCCCACUGUUGGAGUGGACUUUUUCGCACGUCUUAUCGAAGUUAAAGACGGAACUCGGAUAAAAUUGCAACUUUGGGACACAGCUGGCCAAGAGAGAUUUCGCUCAAUCACCAAAUCAUACUAUAGGAAUUCAGUUGGUGCUUUGUUAGUGUACGAUAUUUGUAAUAGGGCUAGUUUUGAACAUAUACCUGUGUGGAUGUCGGAAGCUAGACGACAUAUUGAGCCCCAUAGGCCUGUCUUUGCUCUAGUAGGUUGUAAGUUAGAUCUGGUUAAUAAUGGAGGACAACGGGAAGUUUCGAAAGAAGAAGCCAAAGCUUUCGCUGAUCAAAAUGGGAUUUUUAAUGUCGAAACGUCGGCGAAAAAUGGAAUGAACGUCGAAGAGGCUUUCAGGUCAGUCACACAAGAGGUCUACAAUCGAAUACAAACAGGUGAAUAUAAAGUUGAAGACGGCUGGGAUGGGAUUAAAACAGGGUUUGCGAGACCCAAUGGCUUAGAUUUUAAUUUAAUUGAGGCCGAACCUGCAAAGUCAUCUUGCUGUUAAAAUAUUUAUUAUUAUUAAACACAUGUACAUAGAUUAUGUAUAUUUUAAUGACCUAAAACUGUAGAUUUCACUUUUAUACAAGAGUAUUAUUAUUCUGAAUUCAAGACAAUUAAAAUCACUGUUCAUCACCAUUAUAGAAAGUCUAGUGGCAAAUUUAAUGGAGCUGUGCUGAUAAUUAUUGCAAAUUACCAUUAAGAAUCCUUGUACAGUUUUUCACAGUAUAAUAAUAAUUAUUAUUUAAAGUGG